ACUCAGAGAGACAUUCACGUGCCUUGCUCUGUUUUUUCCUUUCACUGCCCAUUUCGUUUUUUUAUUUUAUUUAUUUGGCUUUUUUGUUUUCCCUUUUCCGCAACCGAUUUCGCUUUUUCUUCUGGUUUCUGUUUGUUUGUGGGGAAAGAUUGUGGGCAGUUACGUCUGCUUCUUGUAUAUAAUAGUGGAGGGUUUUCUCGUUUUCUCAAUUUGAGAUUAAGAUUGAAACAGAGCGAAAAUGGAAGGAGGAAAGCAAACCAGCUCUUCACUUGCCUCUGAUCUCUUUGGGGCCAAGGAUUCUUCUUCUUCUUCUUCUUCUGGGAUUUUUGGUUCCAUGUUUCCGCCGCCUCCAAAGGUUGUGGGACAAGAGUAUUCUGGAACAGACAAGAAGAUUAUAUCUGGAAAUCCAACUUGGACUGGAAAGAAUGGUGUUGCAGAUAGAAAUGCUGUAGGAGGGCAAAACCAGAGGAAGGACGAUGUCUCGUAUUAUACGGAUGAGAAGGUGCAGCCCUUUCACUACAGCUCCUCAAUAUACUACGGUGGUCAAGAUGUUUAUUCUCGCCCCGAGUCUGCUCAGAAUCCCGGGACUAGUUUCAACAAAGAUAACGGAGGAGAAGACGACUCGGGCAGUGCUUCACGAGGGAAUUGGUGGCAGGGAUCUCUUUACUAUUAAGAUCUAAAUAGAUGUACUUAUUAAGGCAUAAAUAUAUUAAGCAGUGCUCCUUAUAAUGAAGAAACCAGUGUCUGGUGACAGUUAUUAUAUCAAAACGCCAGCCUCUCUUAGCCACAGUCAAUAUUUUGUAACUGUAGCCAAGUAAACUUCAUUUGUUCCCUUUUCUUGAUCGGGGAACUAUAAAUACAUAAAUCUCAUAUUGUAGUAGUGGAGUACUAUAAUUUAUCCUUUUUGUGAUAUGCAAGAUAAUGAAAGAGGAAGUUCAAUUA